AUGGGGUUUUUUGACCAUCUUCAGAAAGGAGGGGCCGGAGGCUUCUCUCUACAGCCCAAGAAAGCGCAAAUCCGCAAAGUCGUGCAGACUCGACCAGCUGCCCCUACCCGAUCUUUGACCCAAACCCCGGAGACUCGGUCCCCACGAGCCCAGCCCUCGGCCGAACGCAAUCAGAAAACGCAGUCGCUGAAAUCUCGAUCGGUCUCAAGCGACUUGGAAGCUCGCUCAGCGAAACGAUUGGGUACCCUCUCGCGUGUCCGAAAAAGACCGACGCCCGAACAGCGACUGUCCAGCGACGACGAUGCCAGCGAUAGCGAUGCCUCGUUCGAGGUGCAUAAACGUGCAAGGAUGAGCGCCAGUGCCGAGCCAGACCCGGAGCGGCGCCUCCGCUCCGUGAAGGCAUUCUCUGAAGAAGGUUCCAGGCCGUUUAAAAUGAUGCACGCUGCCGACAUAACGUCGGGCCAAAAGGCCGGCAAGUUCAAGCCUGCAUUCGGCGCUGAGGGCAAGCCCAAACAAAUCCUUUUGCAAUACCCCAGUGCUUCGCUCAAAGAAAGAUACGAAUCUGUUGUUCCCCGAGAAAACGACGAAUUUCGACCCAUCGACGACAUCGUGCAAGUUAUUGAAACGGUUUCCGACAACUACAUCCCCAGCGAAGCGGCAGACGAGUUCAAUGACGAGACAACCGGAAUCAAGCGUCGGUUGCGCCGGGCUUUGGCAGUCACGUCCGAGACUCAGUUCCUGGAUGCUGUGAACGAUUAUAACGAGGCUAUCCAGCGCCUGGUGAAAAAUGGCGGUCUUGCGAAGCAUUUGGAUGCUACAUUGCGCAUUGACCUACCAUGGGUAGAGCGAAUCCUCACCCAAAUCUACUCCCGCACGGUGUCCCCUCGCGUGGAGUCUCUGCGGCAAUAUGAGAACGGCACGGACAACGUUUACGGAGAGCUCCUCCCUCGUUUCAUUAGCACAAUUUUCAAGGAGACAAAACUGAAGUCCGGUCAGGUAUUCGUCGACCUGGGCUCUGGCGUAGGAAAUGUCGUCCUACAGGCCGCGCUUGAAAUCGGCUGUGAAAGCUGGGGAUGCGAGAUGAUGUCAAACGCCUGUGAUUUGGCAGAUUUACAACAAUCCGAGUUUAAAGCACGAUGCCGUCUUUGGGGUAUCGUGCCAGGCAAGACUCACCUUGUUCGAGGUGAUUUCCUCGAGCAAGAAAGCAUCAUCAGUGUCCUGAAACGAGCAGAUGUGGUGCUCAUCAACAACCAAGCGUUCACACCCCAGCUCAACAACGAGCUGAUCAACCACUUUUUGGAUAUGAAAGAGGGAUGCAAGAUUGUCUCCCUCAAAUCUUUUGUGCCGGCUGGUCACAAGAUCCAGUCUCGCAACCUGAACUCGCCUAUCAACCUUCUGCAGGUCCAGCAAAAGAAUUAUUGGUCAAAUAAUGUUAGCUGGACCGACGUCGGCGGUACAUACUUCAUUGCCACCAAGGAUAGCUCUCGACUGAAAGCUUUUAUUGAUCCUACGCCAUGA